AUGUAUUGCGUACUGUUAAUUGUCGCUGCAAUUAUUGGCAUGACUUAUGGUCAAGAACAUUUUCCACCAGUUGCAUAUGGUGAAGCAUGUGUUACACAAGGAUUUCAUGCAGGUCAUCAAGCAGUCGAUAUUGGAUCAUUUGGUGCUAAACGUGUUAACUUAUUUACUAUUUGGGAUGGAACAGUUAUCGGUGUUUGUAAUGGUGCUGGUGAUUUUGAUCAAAGUCGAUGUGGAACUUGUGGUAAUUACGUUGAGAUUCAACACAAUACUGUUAAAGUUCUUUAUUGUCAUAUGACUGCAAAUUCAAUUACUGUAUCUGUUGGUCAACGAGUUGCACGUGCACAAAAAAUUGGUACUAUGGGUACAUCUGGUCAAUCAACUGGUGUUCAUUUACAUGCGCAAGUAAGAGAAAUCAAUGGUGGUCAAUUACGCGAUAUUCGUACUCGUCUUGGACUUAAUGGAUGGCGAAAUUGUUAA